AAGUUUAAGUAGUGCAUCGUGUCCACGACUUGUGACAGUACUUUUAAAGAUGUUGCUGCUUUACGUUAUCGUCGUAUUAGUUACACUCUUCUUGGGUAUCAAACGAUACAAGUAUUUGAAGCAAUUCCAAAAUAUCAAUGGACCUCCAGCAUUACCAAUUAUUGGGAACUAUCUGUUUAUGAUGAGAAAUCUGAAAAAUAUUGAUAUUUUCAACGAAUUUCCUGCGAAAUAUGGAAAGACUGUAAAAAUGUUCACCGGCUUACGACUGAGCUUGCUGACAACAGAUGUAAAAUUUCUGGAGAUAGUCAUGAAUUCUUCAAACUUGAUAAAUAAAUCAGACGAUUACAUCAUGAUGUUUAAUCGUUGGUUGGGUGAUGGUCUUCUCAUCAGUUCAGGUGAUAAAUGGCGAUCGCGCAGGAAGAUCCUAACACCGGCUUUCCAUUACAAAAUCUUGGAAGAUUUCAUCGAGGUAUUCGAAUCACGAGGAAAGUUCUUGGUGGACAAUCUGUUGAAAGCCUCCAGCGAGGAUUGCGUGAAUGUGCACACAAUAGUCAGUCUCUAUACGUUGGACGUUAUAUGCGAUACUGCGAUGGGAACAGCAGUGAACGUCCAGUGCAAUCCCAAUAACAAAUACAUGAAAGCGAUAAAAACGAUGCAGGAUAUUGCAAUUGUGCGUUUUCUAAAUCCGUUUUAUAGGAACAAAUGGAUCUACAAGUUUACAAAUCUCUACAAAACCGAGAUGAAGGCUCUGGAAAUCAUUACCAGCUUCAGCCUCGGCAUCAUUGAGAAACGAAGAAAAUUUUUAGAGUCUCAUCAUUCCGAUGAUGAAAAUAAAUACGACGAGUUUGGUAAACGUAGGAAGAUGACCUUCAUGGAUAUCCUGUUGAAGAGUACUAUUAAUGGUAAGCUGUUGACCAACGAGGAGAUUCGCGAAGAAGUUGAUACUUUCUUAUUCGAGGGACAUGAUACUACUUCAGCGGCAAUAAGCUUCACCUGUUACAAUCUCUCAAAGAACCCGGAGGUGCAGAAACUAGCGUACGAGGAAAUUUGCCACGUGUUACCAACAGAUCGCGCAGUUACGAUCACCGAUCUUCAAAAUUUAAAAUAUUUAGAGAUGGUAAUUAAGGAAUCUCUAAGGCUGUAUCCUUCAGUCGUGUUUCAUGGACGAGUAGUGGGAAAAGAAUUUCUAUACAAUGGAACUAAGUUACCAAAGGAUUUAAUGAUAAACAUAAACCAGUACACUUUGCACAGAGAUCCCGUUGAAUUCCCGGAUCCCGAGAAGUUUGAUCCUUUGAGAUUUACAGCCGAGAAACAGUCUAAACGCCAUCCGUUAGCUUACAUUCCUUUCAGCGCCGGUCACAGGAAUUGCAUAGGUCAAAAAUUCGCUAUGCUUGAGUUGAAGUCCGCCAUAGCCAAAGUGCUCAAGCACUUCGAGUUGCUUCCUGUACCUGGAUACAAACCAGUACUAAUUUCCAAGGUCACGUUGACCUCAGAAAAUGGAAUUUGCGUUAAGUUGAAGCCGAGAAGCGCUUGAUUCUCUGUAUUUUUUAAGAAGAAAUAAAAUUUAGAUAUUACAAAUCAA